GGUUGAAAAUAAUAUCUGGGAAUAUGCUUUGGUCAUUUCACCAUGACUUUUAUUGGCAUCUUGUGAAAAAUUUAUAUAUUUGUGUCAUUUCACCUGUGUUUAUCCUUGUUAGCUGAAUGGUUAGGAUUUAAUCAUUUUGUUUGACCUGGAAACCUCUGGUUAAGCACAGAAAUUGUUUGGAAAGAUCUGGGGACUUAUUUAUUGCUUUUAAUAUGCGCUGUCCAUUCUUUAAAUCAUUGAGUGUGUGUGUGUGUGUUCAUAUACAUGUAGCUAUAUAUGUGUAGCUGGAUUGAGCUGUCCAUAUAAAGUUAAUAACCUGUAAAAGUAUUUGUUGAAUUGUUAUAGUUCAGGAAAAGUACAAAAUAAAAAUGGGUUCGGCAAGGCAAGUCUCAACUACUGUAGGAAAUGAUAGUUUUAGGCAUAUAAAUCAUUGAGUCAUUUUAUUCGUUGUUGGAUCAAUUAUUUGGAUUGACCAGAACAGGCACAGGAACAUAGGAAACCAUGGCUGUUUUAAACAUUACAGCUUGAGAUUAUUUUUGCUUGAAUCUUACCUAAUACGGUGAUAAGAUAUUGUCUUUAUCUUGUUUAUUAGUUGUAUAUUACAAAGGUUCAAACCUAAUAUUAAUUUUAAAGCAAGUAUGUCAACUCUCUUGCUGAUUUGUAUACCUAAACUUAAUUUCAGUCAUACGUUUCGUCUUUUCUAAUCUGAUGUUGUCUGUGUGUUGAGCGUGUGUCGUUGUCGUUGUGGGCAGCUGUUUUUUUUCAUUGUUUACUGGACUGGUGUGCUGAAUAUUCAUGUUUUGUCUGUACAUAUACAUAUAUGUAUGUAUGUUUGUUUCUAUAGGUUUCUGUGCUUGAACUGCCCGGACUAUCUGGUAAAGACUGCAUAGAAGAACACCAUCACAAUAUCUCUCUGCAGUUUUAAAUUUCGAGGUGUUAUAUUUUUAAGCUUUUUCAUAAUCAAGAUUUAGUGGAGAUUGCAGAGCUUGAGGUUAGCUAAGAAGUGAUCAUCUCUUACUCAAUUUCUGCUAGUUGGUAGAACUUUAAUGGAGAAUAGCAAGAAGGACCAAUCCUCUCAGGGCGAUCAGGCUGAAUCACUUCCAUCGUUGAUCAAGGCCAUUGGUGAUCAUGAGGUGGCUGGUUUUGAUAGUACUCAAGAUGCAAAAACCUUUCAUCAUUUGAACGCCUCGACUUUUGGUAUUGAAGCAGCUGCAAGAGGAGAUGACAGUGUUCGAUAUAUGCCAGAAAGGACGCAUUCUCUAUCCAUUAGCAUGCCCUCCUCCCCUAUUGAAAAUUGCAUGCCUAACACAAAGAAAGUUGUCUUCAGAGAUGAUGUUAGAACUAUCAGCCAUGAAAUUCCUAACCCUACUGCUAUGUAUGAAAAUUUCGGCAAUCCGAAGAAGAAGGCCAAGUUUUACUCCCAGCCAAUGCCGAAAGGUUCUGUGCUGAAUGAGGCUGCCAUGAAUGGAUACAAUUCCAACCUUCCACGAUCGAAUCCUCCAAAUAAGCUGAGAGAUCACAGAUUUGACUCUUUCAAGACAUGGUCUGGAAGACUCGAGAGACAAAUAUCAAUUCUCCGAGGUAAACGUAGAGAACCUGAGCAAAAUCCUCCUGCUCAGCAGCAUUCAGAAGUAGAUACUUUACCCGUGGAUCGAUAUUUUGAUGCAUUGGAAGGUCCAGAAUUGGAUACACUACGGGCCACAGAAACAUCAGCUCUUCCAGACGACAAGACAUGGCCAUUCCUUCUACGAUUUCCCGUCUCUUCAUUUGGUAUCUGUCUUGGAGUUAGCAGCCAAGCCAUCAUGUGGAAAACCUUGGCCUCUGUUGAUUCCACAAAGUUCCUACACGUGAACAUAGAUGUGAAUCUUAUUCUCUGGCUCAUAUCUGUGGCGCUUGUCGUGAUCAUCUCAAUCAUUUAUGGUCUGAAAGUGAUUUUCUACUUUGAAGCUGUUCGUCGCGAGUAUUACCAUCCAAUACGUAUCAACUUCUUCUUUGCUCCUUGGAUCGCUCUUCUCUUCUUGGCUCUUGGUGUCCCCCCAGCAAUUACUAAAACACUGCACGCAUCCCUUUGGUAUGUUCUCAUGGUUCCCUUUCUCUGCCUCGAGCUUAAAAUCUAUGGACAGUGGAUGUCUGGAGGACAGAGGAGGCUAUCCAAAGUGGCUACCCCUGUAAAUCAUCUCUCUGUAGUUGGUAACUUUGUCGGCGCUUUGCUCGGUGCUUCAAUGGGACUCAAAGAAGGGCCUAUCUUCUUCUUUGCUGUGGGGCUUGCUCAUUACACUGUCUUGUUCGUCACAUUAUACCAGAGACUUCCCACGAACGAAACUCUCCCAAAGGAGCUCCACCCGGUUUUCUUCCUUUUUGUGGCUGCACCUAGCGUCGCCUCCAUGGCUUGGGCUCGGAUUCAAGGGUCCUUCGACUAUGGUUCCCGUAUUGCUUAUUUCAUCGCCAUGUUCCUUUAUUUCUCACUGGCUGUCCGCGUUAACUUCUUCCGGGGCAUUAGGUUUUCGUUGGCAUGGUGGGCAUACACAUUUCCGAUGACCGGAGCAGCCAUCGCAACCAUCAGAUACACAGAGGCAGUGUCCAACACAGUGACCAAAACAUUAACCGUCAUCCUCUGCCUUGUCGCCACACUUACGGUGGCAGCAUUACUCGUUACAACCAUAAUCUACGCCUUUGUGCUCCGGGACUUAUUCCCUAACGACGAUGCCAUUGCCAUAAGUGAUCGUAGACCUAAAACAACUUGGAGAUGGUACCACAGGAGGUCAGGCAGCACAGACAGCAACAUCGAACAGUACCUCAAGUAUGCGUGCUCGGAUGAAAAUGACAUUGAGGCUGGCGUUAGUCCUCCGACACAGUGUAACCAAGCGAGUUCCGUCAAAGGUGCUUGAAGCAAACAAUGGAAGUUUGAUGUUGAUUGAGAUGAGAAUGAGCUUUAUGAAAUUUUGCAGCUGCAGAUAUUUCAUGGCUUAUUUGAUCAUUCUGUGUAACGAAAAAUUGGAAUGAGAUGUUAUGAUGCUAUAGCUAUAGUCCAGUGCGAGCUUUUAAACAUGCAAUGUAAAAUAUAUGAAUAAAAGACAUGGUGGAAAAAGAUUCCUCGCACAACAA